AUGGCGGACGAAGACCUGAUCAAGAUGUCCAUAAACCCAGGCGCCUGGGCCGCGGCGCAAUUGGAUCCGUCGGAAAUUUGCAUGGACAAUUUCGAUGAGAAGACAAGGAAAGCCCUCGAGGGCUUCGAGAAAGCCGUGCGGCCGACCGGCCUCGCCGUGAGCGGGGCCAGUGGUGAGACCAUCCGCAGCCGAGCAGAAAAGCUGCUCAAAGUCGAGUGCCGAGUCCUGGUCAACGCCGGCGAGGCGUUGUUGAGCGCGGUGGGCAGGGAGCUGAAUUCUCCUGUCAUGGUGCUCCUGCUGCAGAAGCUGCCCAAGCUGUUGGCCCGUCAGGCCUUGAUGGUUGCCCUGUCGGAUGUGACGCCAGAGCUGCUUGAUCGACAGUGGCUCAGAACGCAGGUGCGAUCCCUGAGCACCAGGCUGCAGAGACACAAGGAGUUUGGGGAUUGCCCAUGA